AUGGGGUUGCUGGUUUUCGGGGAUGGGAUUUGUUGGGCAUGGGGGUUGCUAGGUUUCGGGCAUGAGGUUUGCUGGGGAUGGGGUUGCUGGGUUUCGGGGAUAGGGUUUGCUGGGCAUGGGGUUUCCAAUCACAUGUUCGGUGAAGAUCUCCAAGUGGCCGGAUUUGUAACUCCAGCUAAUAUCCACGAAAAUGGUCUAGUUGAGAGCUCUAGUUUCCCAGAUGAACAUCUGCAGCAAGUCCCUGAAGCUGAAAACAUUCUUGAAGACACUUUUGCAGUACAAGCAAAUGGUUCUCUUGAGAGUAUAAUGAACCAUGUGAAAGAUCAUCUCUCACCUGUUGAGUAA